AUGACGGUGCUACCCCGGCGCUCUCGGUCCGCUGCGGCUGCCGCCUUGAGCGCGUUGGCCCUGCUGGGCCUGCCGCUGCUGGCGAGCGCCGUCACCGUCUCGGCCAAGGUCGGCAUCGUGGGCGCGGGCAUUGCUGGCAUCCGCGCCGCCAGCAUCCUGGAGGCGGCGGGUGUUGACUAUGUUGUGCUGGAGGCCAGCGACAGGGUGGGCGGCCGCAUGCGCCAAGCGGCGAUCCAGCCGUAUGGCGGCGCCAACCUGGGACCCACCAAGGAGUUUGUAGAGCUGGGUGCCAACUGGAUCCAGGGCCUGAAGGGCAACCCAGUGUACGAUUUGGCUAUCUCCUGUGGCCUCAACAGCACCGCCCAGAACUGGGACUCGGUUACAACCUUCGAUGAGCUGGGGCAGCCCCUGCCGGACAACCAGAUCCCCUGGGACGAGUUUGACGCCGCUGUGCAGUGUGCAGCGUCAACAGUCAAACAGCAGCUGGAUAGCAACGCUUAUGGCGAUAUUGACGUGCGCGCGGCCUACCGACUCUGCGGCUGGAACCCCGUCAAGCCCAUUGAUUAUGCUGUUGAGUGGUGGUCUGUCAACUUUGAGUGGGCCGAGACAGCUGAGAUGGUCUCAUCCCGCUACACCCAGCCCGCUCUCGCAUACACGGAUUUUGAGGACGCUGACCUCUUCGCCCAUCAGCAGACCGAGGGCGGCCUUGCCAAGCUUGUCACCUGCCUGGCUGCCAAGUCAAAAAUCGACCUCAACAGGCGUGUCAAGCUCAACACCAAGGUAGUUGUGAAGACCGACACAAAAUUCGACUUCAAAUUCGAUUACGUCAUCAGCACGCUGCCCAUCGCCAACCUUCAGCGCAACCUCGACACGCUGUUCCCAGCCUCGUACUGGCCGCCGGCCAAGCGCGCCGCCCUGAUGCAGUUCCGCAUGGCCACAUACACCAAGGCAGGCACCCUGUUGAUAGCAGGGCAAUAA